ACUGCUUGAGAGGGCGUUCUCGUCUUUUGACUGGGUUCUAAUCGAUCGAAGAGACAAAAAAGGAGCCGAGAAAGGGUUUUGGUGUUGGACAACAGGAGCGAUCCAAAGAGGCGUCGGCUCGAAGGUGGCAUGGCAGGUAGGAAUCGUAUUCCCCGCCAUCUUGUGAAUGAGAGGUCUCAUGGUUUCCGAGAUGGUCCUCCACUUCGUCGACCUGUGCCUGUACAUCCAGCUGAGGAAGAACUAGCUUUGAGGCAUGACGAAAUCCGUAGGCUUCAUACUGACAAUCAGCUACUGAUGGACGAAAAUAUUGCUCUCAGGAGAGAGAUAACGUUCGCCAAGGAUGAACUCCAUCAACUUAGUCAGGCUAUACCCAAGCUCAGGGCCGAUAAAGAACUAGAGGCGAGGGAAUUGAUCCAGAGGGGUCUUAAGUUGGAAGCUGAUCUUCGUGCUGUUGAGCCCCUCAGGGAAGAGGCUCUGCAACUAAAAUCUGAAGCACAGAAGUUGGACAAAUUGCGACAAGAGUUAUCUGCAAAGGUUCAAACUAUGCAACAAGAUCUGAAACAUUUGCAGGCUGAAAACCAACAAAUACCUACAUUACGCGCUGACAUUGAUGGACUUCGACAGGAAUUGGUUAGAGCCAGGACGGCAUAUGAAUAUGAGAAAAAAGCAAAUGCCGAGCAAGUAGAACAGAGGCAAGCAAUGGAGAAAAACAUUGUAUCCAUGGCUCGGGAGGUUGAGAAGCUGAGAGUAGAGCUGGAUAAGAGAGCAAGAGGACUCAGUUCUGGCGGGUAUAAUAUGCUUAACCCAAGUGCCAAUAUGAGUUACAUGACUCCAUAUGAAGAUGGCUACGGCGGAGACAAAGGUUAUUAUGGAGCUGCUGCCCCAUGGGGUGCACCCAAUGAACCUCGCGGCUUUUCUCGUCAUUGAAGGAAAUCCUUCUUCUACAUGCCAAGAACUGAACUUCCUCUUCUCAGGUAGUACGUCGCCGCCAACAAGCCUUGCUCAUGCAUUUCACUUGUAUCUGAAUGAUAAUUCUGUAGGUUGAAUGCUUCAUAUAGAAACAGUACGUCCUAUGGAACCCCAUUUGCCUAAUCUGUUAUUGUGAUAUCAGCAGCUUCUACGGACACUUUACGAUCUCUAGUUUUUCCUUUUUGAUAUGAUAUUAUUUGGGUUUGAUUGAAUUUA